AUGUUCUCAUCACUUCGUUCAGUAACUAAAGUUUUCCAACAAACUGCUCAACCAGCUGGUUCAAGAGGAUUCUUCCAAAAGUUCCUUUACCCAUCUGAUAGACAAGUCAGAGUCAACAAGUUGCACUCUGCAGGUAUCUACCCAGGUAACCCAGAGUUUGACAAGUUCUACGAUGAGCUCACUCCAUCGAAAUUGUCUCAAGAGACCGGUGUCCCAGAUGCCCUCCUCGAUGACCCACUUCUCCAUAUCUCUGUCAUCAAAUACAACAAGCACGUCGUAGAAAAAUACAAUUUGACUCCAGAGCAAGAGAAAGAUCUUUUUGAAAACUUCGAAGUUUCAGCUGGUGACAGCUCAUUUGAAUACCAUCUUCCAUUGCCAGUCCCAGAACACAACUUUGAGGAACUCCCAAUCAUCAAGGUUUACGACGAAGAGGCUAAACAUUAA